AUGCCUUCGUUGGAAAUCCCCACCUUUGAGCAGCUCAAACUGAAGCUUAAGGCCACCCCGGCCCUCUCUGUGGGUAUCAUCAUCUUCUCCACUCUUUUCUACAUGGUUUACCCUCCUGAAUCAAAGGCACUUCUUCUUUCACCAUGGUCACCUUAUGAUUUGAACUUGAACGCCAUCUCCUUCUACAUUUUCCCUCAUGUCAAUAUCAUUCACUUGACUAUCAAUCUUUUCUGUUUGUUCCCGUUGCUCUCCAGGUACGAAAAGACCCACGGAACCGUUUACACCGGCGUGACGUUGAACAUUGUUGCUGUGGUGACUGCUCUCCAAUAUGCAUUGGUGGGAAUGUUGUUAUACCCUAACCAGCAUGUGGGUGGAUUGCUGGGAGAGUGUUUCACGUUCUUGACCUACUACUGUUACAAAGAACACGUGUCGAUGCCUGUGAUCUACACGUUCAAGUACAACGGUAGAGAAGUGCUGAUUCCUACACUUUACUUCCCCUUUGUCAACUUGCUUGUGGUGACGAUUUUGGUGCCUUCUUCGGCUCUCUUUGGUCACUUAGCCGGCAUCAGCACCGGCUACUUGUUGGCUACAGACAGAAUUAACUUCAUGUUUCCCCCACUGAAGGUUCUCAUGUUCAUCGAGAAGCACUUGGCUAAGGGAAUCGCCAAGUUGCAGCUCUUGGUGGAUUAUAUAAGAGAGGAAGAUGCUGUCAACGAGAGAGGCGUGACUUACAGACCAAUUUUCUCCAGUGAUUUGGAAUUGAAUGCAUCCACACAACCUUCUGCCACCCAGCCUUAUGAGUCUAUUAACAGAAGAUUGGGAACUUGA